UCUCCUGAGUGCGUUUAAGGAAAUCAGUGAAAGAAGCAAAGAAGAAGAGAAACAGUAUCAGAUUUAUCAGCAUAUCAGCACAGCAAAAGCAUGAUCUGGCCUGAAAAUGUGCUGUAGAAGCGCUUCCUAACUUUUUAUUGUCACAGGAAAAAGAAGCUAUGUUGUGACACUUAUAACCCGCAGUUGAUUACAGCAUGCAUUACCCCCAAAUCCCUUCAGAGAUACACAAACAUUUCCCAAGAGGGAGCCAAGGACAGUCAGGUAGGCGACAAACAUUUGCUGUAAUAAUCAAUGACUUAUUGAUUGUCUCCUUUCAUUUAAACUUAUUGAUUGUUCACAGAUCACCGACAAUGAAAAGUAAGAUGAACGUAAGCUGAUCUACUGAUAACUUUGGAUUUGCUACCAUCUUCCUUAAGCCCAAGUAUUUCCUUUGAUCAGAGAUGUGCUGUAUAUUUCAAAGACUCUCAACAGAGGCUUCGUUGAAAACAGCAGAUCAGAAGCACAACAGCAGGAGCUGCAGUCCUCCGCUCACAAACAGUCCUUGGGGGCACCACAGCUUCAUGUGACACGUGUCACAAGUAACUCAUUUACCUGUGAAAGGACCAAUCAUCUCUGGAGUUUGAACUCAAAUAUGUAAGGAAUCCUUUAGAUGGACCGUCAGUCUGCAGGCCAGUAGGAUUGCUGUUGUGACUCUGAGCAUGGGGGCCAUGCCAUUGCAUCGUGUGUGUGGAGUAUUUGUAUUCCUCAGUGUAUGUCUGAUUUCCUUCACGGCACCUUGCGAUGGAGGAAACAUUCUGGUGUUCCCAGUGGACGGCAGCCACUGGAUCAAUAUGAAAGUCCUGCUGGAGGAGCUUCACGCCAGGGGACACAACAUCACUGUGAUACGGGCCUCCACCAGCUGGUACAUCGCAGAAAAGUCUCCUCUCUACACAUCCAUCACCUUGGAUAUGAAUGAAGGUUUAGAGAACUUCUUUGAGGUGUACCUGAAAGAGCACAUGAGGGCGCAGAGAGAGGGGGCCUCAGCACUUACUUUCUUCAAACUCACCAAACAUUUCCUUUCUAUGAUUUCGAGUGCCCACUCACUGUGGUCUAACGCCCUAGCCCGUAUGUUUGAUGAUGAAAAGCUAAUCAAUAGCAUGAAGGAUUCCCAAUAUGAUCUUGUUCUCACUGAUCCAGCCAUAGCACCAGGGGUUGUAUUAGCCAAGUAUCUCAAACUGCCUUUGGUGCUCAAUGUUCGCUGGAUCACCAGUGGAGAAGGCCACUUUGCCAUAGCCCCCUCACCACUCUCCUACAUCCCAGUGCCAGGAUCAGGCUUAACGGACAAGAUGACUUUCAUCCAGAGGGUCAAGAACAUACUUUUCUACGGCAUUAUAGUGUUCCAGCAGAAAAUCAUGGUGGGGCCAAGCUAUGAAGUCAUCUGUGACAAAUAUAUCGAGGGUGGAUGCGACAUCGUCUCGCUUCUUCAGGAAGCAGACAUUUGGCUGUUCAGGUCAGACUUUGUAUUUGAAUUCCCUCGGCCCACAAUGCCAAAUGUAAUCUACAUAGGAGGGUUCCAGUGCAAGCCGGCCCAACCUCUGCCAGCAGACCUGGAGGAGUUUGUUCAGAGUGCUGGGGAGCACGGAGUGAUCAUCAUGACUCUGGGAACUUUGGUUAACGCUUUGCCCAAGGAGGUCGCAGACGAAAUUGCCAGCAUCUUUGCCAAGAUGCCUCAGAAGGUGAUAUGGAGGCACAAAGGGGAGCGUCCUUCUACUUUGGGCAACAACACCCUGAUAGUGGACUGGAUGCCACAGAAGGACCUCCUGGGCCACCCACAGACCAAAGUCUUUGUUGCUCACGGUGGAACCAAUGGAGUCCAGGAGGCCAUUUACCACGGGGUCCCCGUGCUCGGCAUACCCUUGUUCUUUGACCAGUAUGACAACCUCCUCCGCCUGCAGGAGAGAGGAGCUGGCAAGAUCAUUCAGCUGGGAGAUGUUAACAGCCGCACUUUUGAGCAAGGUGUCAACGAAGUGCUCCACCAAGACAGCUAUAGACAGAACAUGCAAAGACUGUCACGUUUGCACAGAGAUCAGCCCAUGGCACCCAUGGAUCAGGCCAUCUUCUGGGUGGAAUAUGUGAUACGCCAUAAAGGGGCUCCUCACCUGCGUACAGAGGCCUAUAAGAUGCCCUGGUACUCAUACUACUGUUUAGACGUCCUGCUAUUCUUGCUGACUGCAGCGACUGUUCUGCUGCUCUCUACUUUUGCCAUUUUCAGGUUCCUAUGCUGCAGAAGUAGAAGAAGGAUCAAAACCAAGCAACACUGAGGUUCAAUUUGUCUAGAAAUAUGCUUCAGUGAGAUCUCUGAACAUUGUAUUUAGACAUAUAGUACAUCUUAAGUUUGUAUCUCUGUAUUAUUUAUGAAGUAAAAUGAUAUCAGUCAACUGUCUUAGCCAUAUUAAAUAUAGUGAAAGUACUGAAGCCCCUUCUUUUAGUCAAUGUGAUUUUGCAAUUUCACAUCCACUGAUAUAAUAAGAUAUGAAGCCAUUGGCUCAAUGCCCAGACAGUGAUCCACUUCCAAUGUAACAAAACCCUGAGCACUUUUUAUCUUCUCAAACCAAUUCAGAUGUGACACAAUGGAGAAAGUCCAUAUAAUCAACAUAUGUUCUGAAUUCUGUAAUUUUAUUUACCACUGUUUAAAAGGAAUUGCUUUUGUUUGUUUUCACUGCAAUAGUGGAUAUACUGCAAGAAAAUCUUUCCAAUUCCAGUAAAUCACCCUGGAAACACAAUCCUGUAACUUGAGUCUUGCCGUCUGUAACUCUUCCUUCACUUCAUCAAUGUCUUGGCCUCACAUGCUUCCAUUCCAGCAGAAGCCCUUGUCCAAAUCCAAAGCUUGUAAAACAAAUGCCCACACUCUAUGCAGGACAUCGCAGCUGACAUUUUUGUGAGGCUAUGAGGCCAAAUUUCCACUGAAACCAGAGGACAAAUCAUACUGCAGUUCAUUAAGUAUUCAGAAAGAUUUGAUAAUGAUAAGAAACUAGAAAAACCUUACAGGGAAACAGAUGUAGCUGGGAUAAAUACAUUAAUA